AUGAGCGUGGUGGCCUGUGAGUGUCCCCCUGGCCCUGGCCUGGACCCCAAGCCCUGCUCAUGAGUGCGGUCCCAGGCCCUAGUGUACCGGGAGCAGAUUCGCAACCGGGUCACUCCAGGGGCACCUGACAUGACCAAGCGCGACUACCUUGUGGAUGCAGCCACACAGAUCCGGCUGGCCCUGGAGCGUGAUGUCAGUGAGGAGUAUGAGGCAGCCUUCAGCCACUACCAGAAUGGCGUGGACGUUCUGCUCCGAGGCGUAAAUGUCGACCCCAACAAGGAGAGAUGUGAGGCUGUAAAGCUGAAAAUUACCAAGUACCUGCGGCGGGCAGAGGAGAUCUUUAAUUGCCACCUGCAGAGGACGCUGGGCAGUGGAGCCAGCCCUGGCACGGGUUUUAGCAGCCUGAGGCUGCGGCCCAUCCGGACACUGAGCUCUGCCCUAGAGCAGCUGAGGGGCUGCAAGGUGGUCGCGGUCAUCGAGAAGGUGCAGCUGGUCCAGGACGCAGCGACGGGAGGGACCUUCGUGGUGAAGAGCCUGUCCAGGUGCCACACUGUGAGCCGGGAGCGGCUGACCAUCAUCCCACACGGCGUCCCCUACAUGACCAAGCUGCUGCGGUAUUUUGUGAGCGAGGACUCCAUCUUCCUGCACCUGGAGCAUGUGCAAGGAGGCACUCUGUGGUCCCACCUGCUCUCCCAGCCGUGCCUCCAACAGUCUGGGACUAGGUCUGGCUCCAGCCUGGAGAGGAUGAAGGCUCAGCUCAACUCCCGCCUCAGCCUCCGGACCCCAGCUCGCCUCCCACCUGGCCACACCUGCCUGCAGGACGGAAUCCCCCUGGAGCCUCCCCGGACUUCUCAGAGCCUUACCCCGGCCAGGGGGGCCUCAGCCAUCAGACCCCAGAGAGAAGCUGAAGGUGAACCCUCAGCCGGGACCGGCCCUUCCUGCUCCUGGGACCUUCCAAAGGCCCCAGGUGGCCACCUGCACCACCAAGCCAGGCGGGGGCCCGGCCAGAGCUCUGAUCCGGGGCCCCCUCGGGGGCUCCCUUGGGUUCAUGCAGGGGCCGGCCGGGUGCUGGGGGGCUGUGGCCGAGGCAGAGGUCGGAGCCGCCCCUCAACCGGUGGAGCCGCCUGGAGUGUGAGGGAGGAGCAGGUGAGGCAGUGGGCGGCCGAGAUGCUGGUGGCCCUGGAGGCGCUGCACGAGCAGGGGGUGCUGUGCCGGGACCUCAAUCCCCGGAACCUGCUCCUGGACCAGGCAGGCCACAUCCGGCUCACGUAUUUCGGCCAGUGGUCAGAGGUGGAGCCUCAGUGCUGCAGGGAGGCUUUGGACAAACUCUACAGCGCCCCAGAGGUGGGUGGGAUUUCUGAGCUGACCGAAGCCUGCGACUGGUGGAGCUUUGGGUCUCUGCUGUAUGAACUGCUGACGGGAACGGCGCUGUCCCAGAGCCACCCCUCGGGAAUCCAACCCCACACCCAGCUCCAGCUGCCCGAGUGGCUCAGUCGCCCCGCAGCCUCCCUGCUGACUGAGCUGCUGCAGUUUGAGCCCGCCGGGCGCCUGGGCGCUGGAGGAGGCGGUGUCAACAAACUCAAGUCCCACCCCUUUUUCAGCACCAUCCAGUGGAGCAAACUGGUGGGGUAA